AUGACAACGCUGCACCAGAUGCACACGUCUCACAACGACUCGGUCAACUUUCUCUGUGGCGAGUUCAUCCAGAGUGAUCGCGCCGUGUUUGUGAUGCUGCAAGUCCACACCGAUGACGACAGGACUGACAUCCAGAGUGAUCGCGCCGUGUUUGUGAUGCUGCAGGUCCACACCGAUGACGACAGGACUGACAUCCAGAGUGAUCGCGCCGUGUUUGUGAUGCUGCAGGUCCACACCGAUGACGACAGGACUGACGCCCACCGCAUGCGGGAUCGCAUGGCGUGGUACGGUGUCGCAUUGAGUUCGGCAAGAGUUUUAUCGGCAGCCCAGCGACCAGUGGGUGCAAAGGCGACUGUAUCGCUUGUCCCAGAUAUCACACGCGAUGGAGUGGUGCCGUUGGAGGACGAAGCCAAGCUGUGGGGACUAGACUUGGCGGACGUGGCGACGGCGGACAGCCGACAAGCGCGGUUUCGCCAGUAUACAAUGGCAAUGGCAAGGGCCGUGUAUAAUAUGUAA